GCCCGCCCCAGCUCAAGGCCACUUUCUACCUCCCAAGUUCACCUGACCCGGCUUCUGUUCCCCUCCGAUCUUCCAUGGCGGUCGACGGAGGUAUCUUCGAAACCCUAACUCCUUCUCGCUACAUCACAUUCACAUUCCCCAGCCCCACUCUCUCACCACCCUCUCAUCAGAACCACCACCCCAACCUCCUCCGAGUCGCCGUCCUCGACUCGCCGCUUCCGCCUGCUGACGCACCCCGAGUCGCAGCCAUGCUUGUGCCAGAGCGCCGCGAAACUGACUGGAUUUUUUCCACUGAAUCUGGUCACCUCCAGCUCCUCCUCAACUUCCCGGGAAUCUCCCGUCUCAUCCUUGUCGGUGACGUCCCCGAAUGCGAUUUCCCGGCGUCAUAUAACCCUCCGGUACGUAUCGAUUCGAAACAUCGAGCGAGGCUCGAAGAAUGUUUGAAACCCCUUUUGAUUGCUUUAUCUCCGAAAUCUUUGAUGAAACACGGUGUUCCUGAAAUACCAUUCUUGGUUUACGAAGAUACGGUGAUUAGAAGCAUUCCAGUUGAACGAUGUGUUGGUCCAUGUGUUGGUGAAAUGUUAGUUGAGGAUGUGGAGAUAGAAUGUCUUCGUUCGGAAAGGGAGCUUCGGAGGAGAUUGAGGUUUAAGAGAAUGCCCAAUUUGGUGCAGACGGAGAUACGGAUUGUUUCAGAUUCAUGUAGGGAUUUGGAUUGUUUGGGUAUUGGGGAAGGAGAAUUCCAGCUUGAUACGGGGGCUUUGGUGCACUCUUACUUGGCUCCAAUGGUGGCAAGCCUUUCUUUGAUUGGAAAUCGUAUUGAUGAAUGUGGUCGGUCUGGGGUUAGACCAAGAGCUUUGUGUGUGGGAGUUGGUGGUGGUGCUUUGCUUACUUUCUUGCAUGUCCAGCUGGGUUUUGAGGUUGUUGGUGUUGAAGCGGACGAGGUGGUUUUGAGGGUUGCCAGGCAGUAUUUUGGGUUGGGCAGUGGUGAAUUUAUCCGGGUUUUUGUUGGAGAUGGAAUAGAAUUUUUAGAGAAGAUUUCUAAUCAAAAUAUGCAAAAUAUGAAUUCUUCUGAUUCUGGUAGGGGAAAAAAUGUCUGCAUCUUCGAGAAUAUGGAUGGUUUGGCUACUAAAUAUGAUGUUAUUCUGGUUGAUUUGGAUUCAAAUGAUGUUAGGAAUGGUAUUAGUGCACCGCCUUUGGAGUUUAUUAGGAAGCCCGUUCUUUUGGCAGCUAAAAUGAUUCUUCACAAGCUUGGGAUUAUUGUCAUAAACGUGAUUCCUCCAAGUAAGUCAUAUUAUGAGAUGUUGAUACGUCAGUUUCAGGCAGUUUUUCAGGAGAUAUAUGAGAUAGAUGUCGGAAAUGGAGAGAAUUUUGUUCUUAUUGCUACUGGAUCACUUAUUGAAACCAGUUCUUGCAGAAGUGAGAAUUCUUUUCUUUCAAAGUUGAAAUCAGUUAUUCUAGGGCAAUUCAUGGAUUCAAUAAGGAAACUUUGAGGUUCAGUCAUUCAUAUAACUUAAGGAGGAUACCUUUUGGAGAAGGUGUUGAUGGUAAGGAAACUUUCAAAAUGGUUUUGGAAUUUAGUCUGUUCCAACAGCUACUAGUCUGUAGGAGCAGGAAGUGUGGUUUCAAGGCUUAACCUUUUAAGGCAAGCUCCAAGGAAUGGCUUGUGCAACUUACAAAUUACUUGCCAAUAGUUACAUUUCUUGUUUCUUACCUUUAGCCAGUGGAUGGCCUCAGAAGUUCUUCACAAGAAGUCAUCAAUUGAUAAUUUUGCAAAGUCUCAUUGUUUACAGUGUUGUUGUGAGGAUGUGAAAACUUCACGACCUUAAUCCUUGUAGAAAUUUAUAAGGAAAAAUUGAGGUCCAAUUAUUACUGCACAUAAGGGGAAGAUCUUUUUGGAGAAAGGUAUUGAUGGUUAAGGCAAGUUUCAAAAUGGUUUUGGAAUUCAAGCUGGUCCUAUGGCAACAAGUAUGAACGAGCAGGAAGUAUGGUUUUAAGGCUUUCAAGGCAGGCUCUUAGUGAUAGGUUGUGCAUGUGACAAAUUAAUUGCAAUUGUAACUCUUCUUUUUUCUUAUCAUUAGCGGUGGAUGGGGUUGGAAGUUCUUCACAGUCAUCAAUUUAGAAGUUGGAUUCUUUACAGCAAUGGUGUGAUGAUGCCAAGACUUUGUGACCUUACAAAAUCCUUGUAGAAUUAUAAAUAAAGCACAGGUUUUCUGUUCUUUUUCUUUUCAUUUUUUCACUUACUUUGUUGCAAAUCAUGGAUUGUUCGUCAAGUUAUGAUGAAUAACUAAUGAAUUAGAAAAAAGGGAAAUUUGUCUUCAUGAUGUCUUCAUUUUGUUUUGUGAACUGGCUAUUUGACAUGAAAAAUCUCUUUGAAGCAUGGUUGCAA